AUGAUGGCUUCAGAUGAUGGAGUCGGUCCUCGUAAGAGGCGGAGGAUCGGUCUCCCAGGAUCACAGCCCUAUGUGUUACGAUCACUGUUCGAUGAUGUUCCGCUGGCGACGGACCAUAGCUCGGACGUUUACAUCACCUACGUCGAGUACUGGGAUGGACACAUGUACAUCGGCACUUCUGCAGCCGAGAUUCUGCACUUUGUCUGCCUCCCAGCAGCUUCCGACGACGAUUCGAAUGAGCCUACCUUCAUAUUGGCAUCGCGCCUGCCAAUCCCGUUCCAGAAUGAGCCUCUAGACAGCGAUCCUCAAGGCGUUCGGCAAAUCGUUAUACUGCCAUCGGUGAACAAAGCUUGCAUCCUCUGCAAUGGUAUGGUCACCUUUUACAUGCUACCGGAGCUAAGCCCGGCGUUUGGGAAUACCAAGGUUAACCAUUGCCGCUGGGUCGGCGGCUUGGAUCUCAACCAAGAUGCGCGGGCCGAGGAAGAUCCAGUCGUGAUGAUCGCUGUGCAGAACAGCGUCAUGCUGAUCCGGAUUGGAGAGGGAGCUCGGCGCAUCAAGCAGAUCAAGUUUCCCGGUUGUUUGGUUGCAGCGCGCAGAGGCACCAUUGCCUGUGCAGCUGACACCCAUUCGUACUCACUUUUGGAAGUGGAGCACCAGCAGAAGAUCCCUCUCUUUCCCAUAUCCUCCUCAAGUGAAGUGUUCGAAUCAGGCCAUGUGGAAGAUAUCCCACGGGCACCACAGACUCCUCUGAAGCGAUCGCCUUCCUCAUCAUAUCCGAGUUCUCCCCCAAUGGACCCUCAUGUGCAUGGUAGAAGCAGCAGCUUGAAUACCUUUGUGGGCAUGUUGCAGCCGCAUACACAGACGCCUGCACAUAGUCGAUCACCUUCGGGAACACCAGACCCCUUCACAUCGACUGGAAGCCCCCGUCGCUCGAGUUCGGAAGAACGAAAAGCGGGAGAUGAGAAGGCUGCAGAGAGUCCCGAGCAGGAUUCGCAGGCGGCAGAGUCAGACAGCCUGAAGCCCUUGCCUCCACUUCCUCCUCCGAACCCAGUCCAGAAACAGCUUCUGCCGCAUGUGGUAUCCCCGACUGCGUCUGAAUUCCUCCUAGUAACUGGGACAGAGGAAACAGAACCAGGAGUGGGGAUGUUUGUGGACAUGGACGGCGAGGUUGUACGGGGUACCAUCAACUUCCACCGAUAUCCUAAGUCGGUUGUUAUUGACGCCGGCGAGGACGACCAGUCACUUCAGCCAAACGAGGGUCCCAAAGAGGAGUAUAUCAUCGCCGUGAUUGAAGAUGGAGAGAACGGGGAGCAACGAAAUCGAUUGGAAAUCCAACGGUGGGAUGACGAUCCUGCCGAAAUAGAACGUCAAAAGAAAUGGUUAGACAUACCUUCUUCCGGAGAGUCGCAGUCAUCCACCCGAGUUGGCUUGAAGCACACUAUCAGCCCCAAUUAUCUUGAGCUCGACGAGAUCGGGAAGCUUCUGCGAAUGGUUCGCCUCAAGACGCCUUUGCUACCCCCCUAUGUGCCAACCGCGGACCCUCGGACCCAAGCGUCCAUCGAGCAGCAAAAAACAGAAAACGAACUGUUUGAGUCCCAAGAGCUGACCGACUCGGAGGGAUCCAAGAAAGCAGAGGCAGGAUCAUCAAAUCGCGACUUGGAAAGUCGGCGAAAUGCCGAAGAAGCGAAAUUUGCCCACGGGUUGGGCAAGCUGCAGAGCAGUCUCAUCUUGUGGUCAGACUCCCAGAUCUGGCGCCUGCUUAAGAACCCUUUGGUUAUUCAGCUUGAGGAUAGUCUGCACAUGGCCCAGCAAAUAGAUGACAAGGGACACAUCACUUUGCAGAGGGAUGCUGUCAUGGAAUUGAUGGUGUCAACGCAUGAUAUCGAGCCCAAGACCGAGGCUGAAUUCCUUGGCUUGGCCUACGUGAAGCAAAAAGCCAGUUUGUUGCUAUAUGGAGAUCUUCUUUCCAUGCAUGCGGACAACCGUGCGGACCCUACCAUUAGGAAUACCGAAAGGGCCCUCCUAUCGGGUAGCUUGGACCCCCGACUAGCUUUACUUUUCAUUCCUCUGCUAAGAUGCGAGGUGUUGCAAGGGCCUCAGGGUAUCUGGAUCCAGUCUGGCCUAGCAGAUACCGCCGCAAAAUACCUUGAGCAAGUUGAGCGGACAAACGCCGCAGCUGCGACCCAUAGCUCUGUGUUAAACAUGUUGAAGCGGUUCCUUCUCUCGUGGCAACAGAAGAGGGGCUACGGGAGUAUCACAGAUGAAACAUAUGUUUUGGAUAGCACCGACGCUGCAUUGCUGCACCUGCUCCUGGAACAAGAUGCUCACUUUAAUGCGCAGCAGCGAGCGACAUCUACACGCACCGAGCUGAACAGGUUGGUUGAUAAUUGGAAGGGCAAUUUUGACCGUGCAGUCGUGCUUCUGGAGCAGUACAAGAGGCUCUAUAUUCUCAGCCGUCUGUAUCAGAGUCAGAAGAUGUCCCGGAAUGUGCUCAAGACCUGGCGGAGGAUUAUUGACGGAGAAUCCGAUGCCGGUGGAGAGGUCACUGCCUCCGGUGUUGAGGCGCAGAUGCGCAAGUAUCUGGUGAAAAUCAAAGAUGCCCAACUGGUGGAGGAGUAUGGCUCCUGGCUUGCUGGGCGAAAUCCUGCACUUGGAAUUCAAGUCUUCGUGGACCACUCUAGUCGAGUAAGACUAGAGCCCGCGGAUGUGGUUGCGUUGCUUAAGGAGCGUGCCCCCAAUGCAGUACAGGUGUAUUUGGAACAUCUGGUCUUUGCCAAAAACUACACCCAAUACGCCGACGACCUCAUCGCAUACUAUCUCGACGAGGUCCUUUCUGUCCUCGCGGCCUCCCCCGCCGCGCGAGCUUCACUUUCCGAAUCCUACUCGACCUACCGGGCCUUGCGCCCUCCCAAACCAACCUACCUCAACUUCAUCACCGAAAAUACCCCCGCUGAACCCUGGUGGAAGUCCCGUCUCCGCCUCCUCCAGCUCCUGAGCGGCACCUCCGGCACCCAAUUCUCCUCGACCCCGCUCCCCUCCGGCAUCACUUACUCCAUCCCGAACGUCCUUGCCCGCAUCGAGCCGUUCCAAGACGACCUGGUCUCCGAAAGCAUCAUCCUCGACGGACUACAGGGCCACCACCGCGCCGCCCUUCGCCUCCUCACCCACGGACUGGGCGAUUACGACUCCGCCAUCCGGUACUGCCUGUUCGGCGGGCCACGCAGCGCGACCUCCUCUGGUGGCGCCCACCCCGAGCUGGCCGCGCACGACUUGCAGACCACGCUGUUCCGGCACCUAUUGGACGAGUUCCUGCAUAUUCAGGACCUAACGGAGCGCAUCGAGCGCACAAGCGAUUUGCUCGCGCGGUUCGGGGCGUGGUUUGACGUCCGCGAGGUGCUCGAGCUCGUGCCUGAGGACUGGAGCGUGGAUAUCCUGGGUGGGUUCUUCGUGCAGGUGUUCCGCACUCUGAUAUCGCAGACGCGAGAGGCGCGAAUUGAGCGCGCCUUGAGUGCGGGCUUGAACCUGCGCGUUGGCGUGCUGUAUACGGAUAGUAUGGAGAAGGCUGGGCCUUGGGUGGAGGAUGGUGAGGGUCUGAGGCGGUUAAAAGGGAAUAGUGGGCCUGAGGCACCGGAUGUGCCACAGGGUGAUGAUGCGAGGGCUGGGGAAGAUGAUGAUUUUGGUGACGUGGUGGGGCCUGCUGCGUCUGGGGAAGUGGGCCAGUAG